CUUCCUGGGCCACCAUGCCUUGCCUCCUAUCAAAUCCUACUUCUACGUGGACAAGAGGCUGAGCUGGACCGAUGCUCAGCAACACUGCAGGGAGCGGAAUGCGGACCUGGCCACCGUAGACAACGUAGCAGACCUCCAGCACCUGCAAGAGUCCAGAACGGGCUUUAAUUACGACAACGACUUCAUGUGGAUCGGACUUUAUGAUGACCGCACCCGUUGGAAGUGGUCCCUCGGAGACCAGGACUACAAAUUUGGCCAAAACUAUGGAACGUGGUAUGGUCCUGACCCAGACUUCAUUGGUAACAAAGAGAAUUGUACAGGCACUACCCCUUCAGGUAGCUGGUUCGAUACGUUGUGCUCCAAUCUAAAGGGUGCAGUUUGCUUUGAUGAUGAAGAGUCCAACUACAUCUUGGUCCAAAACCCAAUGACUUGGUACGAGGCGUUGCAAUACUGCCGGUCUCACUACACUGACCUGGCCAGUGUGCCCAACGCGGCUGAGAACGGCAAAGUAUUGGCACUUAAUCCACCAUCAUCAUGGAUUGGUCUCCACAGACAUCCGUGGUCCCACUGGUCUGACGGAAGUAGGUCAACCUUCUUGAAUUGGGCACAAGGUGAACCAAACAACGAUGGUGGCCCCGUUGCUCCACGUUGUGCAGCAAUUUUUGGUACCUCAGGGAGUUUUAUUGAUCAGGAUUGUGGCUAUUGGUACAACUUCGCCUGCCAGAGAAAACCAAAACAACGCUCAAUCUUCAAGUUGAAGAUCAGCUCUGAAGCCGACAUGAAGGAUCCUGUGGUGGGACAACAGAUUUUGGAACAGCUCCAUGCCAAACUGGCCGAGGUGGGUGUGACUGGGGCAAAUAUCAGCUGGGUUCUCAAAGACGGACAGGUGUUUCACAAGGACCAGCCCAGCAAGACAUGAGAGGAGGUCAUCGCUGUGUUCUGCUCUUUGUGUGUUGAAAUAAACCUUUAGUCAUCUAGCAACAGGGCUCCAAAGAGAUACACCCUUAGGCUGAGAAGAUUUAGAGAAUGAAAUGCUCUCAUUUAUCACAUGCUAGAAUUUUGCAGCAGUUAUUAUUAUUAUUAUUAGUAGUAGUAGUAGUAGUAGUAGUAGUAGUAGUAGUAUUACUUGUAAUAGUAGUAGUACCAGUACCACCACCCCCACCUGCGAGAGCCCCGGUUUCCUCCAGCACCACAAAUUGUUUCUGCAAACACUCCUUUCCUGUCCAUGACCCAGAGACGGGCUGGCUCCUCCCUGGAGGUGGUGCCCAGGCCCCGCCCUGUGAGGCAGGCAGCCCACUGCCCGCUCCUAGGUACCAGCUCUCAGCUCCUACC